UCUCACCAAUCCUGCAGAGAUGAAGUACUUGGCGUUUGUCCUCCUGGCGGCUGCCGCUUGCGCAUCCGAAGUGGAGAAGCGAGAGGCGGAGCCAAGCACAGGCCCCCUUUAUCCUCCCUAUGGUCAACACCACAGUGCCUACUACCAUGCCAGCCGCCCCCACUACCUUCACAGGAGAUCCGCUGAGCCUGAGGCCGAGCCCUCUCAGCCUCACUCCCAUGGCUAUCUCCGUGAUUACCAUUACAAGUACCCCUCAUACCACCUCCACAAGAGAUCUGCUGACCCUGUAGCCGAGGCUGAACCCAGCUACAGGCCCAUCUCUUCCCACCACCACUCCUACACCCCAUACCCACAUACCCCUUACGUGCACCACGCUCAUAAGAGGUCUGCCGAACCCUCUACCAUCUACCCUCACUACUUCCGCCACUACACCCCCUACAACCACCACAUUCACCACCAACACAAGAGGUCCGCCGAGCCCGAGGCAGAGCCCUCUGUCGGCUACUCUCGAUACAACCUCCACUAUAGACCCCGGCCACCCCCUUACGCGUCCUACGGUCACCACCAGCACAGGAGGGCCGCCGAAGGAAGCCCUGUUUACCGUCAUCCCUACACCCCUUAUCACGGCGUCUAUCAAGGUCACGGCCACUACCACCGAUAUUGA